GUAAAUGGUGGCCAGAACUUUGAAGGUCCAAAAAGCACAUAUCAAGAUAUGAUAGGUGUGGGUGAGAAACAGACCAAUAUUUAAGUCCUUUUUCUAUAAAUCUCCACUUUCACAGUCAGCCACCUACUGGUUUGAGCUGGUCAAAGGUGGAGAUUUUUAGUUUAAAAAAAAAAAAAGGACUUGAAUAUUCGUUUGUUUCUCCCCCACACCUAUCACGGCACUUCAGAAAACCUGGAUUUAACCACUGGUGUCAUAUGGGAUUACUUAUAUGGUGCCUUUAUGUGCUUUUUGGACCUUCAAAGUUCUGGCCACCAUUCACUUGCGUUGUAUGAACCUACAGAGCUGAAAUAUUCUUCUAAAAAUCGUUGCGUUCAUCAGAAAAAAGACAGUCACGCAUCUGGGAUAGCAUGAGUAAAGGAUGAGACAAUUUUCAUUUUUGGGUUAACUAUCCUUUUAAGGCACUGAUUUACCUCCUAUGCUGGACAUUAGAUGUCAAUUAUUGUAAUAUACCUGUUACGACUUACAGCAUUUAAUUUUGAUAAGCUGCACCGUUUUUUAUGUAUAUAUAUUUUUUUUUUUUUUUUUUAUUGCAGAGUUGGUCUGUGCACUGUUUAAGAGUGGGUUGUGGAAAGUGUAUUUUUCACUAUGUUUAACAUAAAUAUUUACAUAAUUUAAUGAUUUUGAGUCUGUGAAAAAUUACUAGUGAUUAAAUUGCAUCCUCAAUGGGGCGGUCAUAUAGGACCAUCAGUCUUUCAGCAUUCAAAGCCUUGUAGUCGAAAAUGGCGGCACGAAAACGAAGUAUAGUCUGGUCGUUUUUCCAAGCUGAGGAUGACAGGAGAGUAUUAUGUCUUCUCUGUAUGAAGACGGUUUUGUAUUUUGGUCACACGACGAACAUGCUUCGCCAUUUACGAACAAAACACCCAUCCGAUUUUUCUUCGUUGGACAAAAGGAAACCCGCGACAGAUGCGGCAUCCAAGCGAAACGACAGCGGCUGUGUGGAAGUUACAGUAUUGAUGGAUGAGCAGCAGGUAGAGGUGGGGUCUGUUGGAGAAGAUGGUGACAUGGAUGGUGCCAUCAGAGGGAUCCUCCGUGCUGCAGCAGGGGAGGGAACUACUGAAGGGGAGGGCCCUGAAGAUGAAGGAGAGGGUCCUGUUGAUGAAGGGAACAGGAAAGACGCCCAAGAGGAUGAUUCCUCACGACUUGCAUCUGGCGUUCGCAAGUGGAGCUCAGUGUGGGUGCACUAUCGGAAGCUUGACCAAGAGUCGAAAGCAAUGUGCUUGCUGUGCACGGAGAAGAUCCAGCACCAGAGCAGUACAAGUAACCUAAUCAGACAUCUACAGAAUAGGCAUCCCACUGAGUUUGCACAACUUGAGGUUCACCCACAGAAGCGGCCUAGCAAACGUAAAUCUGCAGAUCCAGUCCACCACCCCCCUUCUCCCACAUUAAUUAGCGAGUCCCCAGCCAGGUCUUACUUUGUGCCACCAAAGCGUGAUGUCCAUACACCCAGCAGUAUCUUCCAAGACAAAUAUCCAGGUACUAAGUGGUCUGAAGGGUUGCGUUUAUUGGAACGAGAACGGGAGCUGACAGAGGCGUUAAGGCGUGUCCAGCAGGAGGAGGGGCGGAGCAUACAGCUGCAGCGGGAGUUACUGCAGCAGUUCCGUGAAAUGGAUACAGAGCGUCGAGUACUUCAAAAUCAGAAAAGUGAACAAGAGCUUGAACAUGCAAUACUACAGAAGGAAAGGGAAGCACUUGCGGAGGAGAAGAAUGAACUCCAGAGGGAAAGAGAGGAAAUACAGAAAGAGAGGGAGGAGUUUCAGAGGGAGAAGGAGGAGCUGGAGAGGCAGAAACAGGAACUGGAUUCCUGGAAAAAUUCCCAUGGACAAGGACAGACCUCUGGAUUUUACAGUUGUUGAGACACCACAGUAUACUGUGUCUCAAGGAAACAAGAAUCCCUUUUUUAAGGAAACUGUUCUUUCCUUAGCUUUUUGUUUUAAGCUGAUUGAUUUAGAUUGGGGUAGUGGGGGACAUGGAAGGGAAGUUGUAUUUUGUUUAGCUGAAUGAAAGUGUACCUUAACCCUCCUUGCAGCACAUACAUGCAUGCAAAUAAUAGAUUACCUGCAGGUAAAUUAUAGGUUUGCCAUGAGAAGGCCUUUUAUGUCAAAACUAGAAAACGGUCUUACAAUUUACCCACAUAUUGUAUAUAUGAGUGUUAACCCAAACAAGGUUCAUUGUUAUGAAAUGGACUAGUGUGUGAAUGUAUUAAUGUGUUUUUGUACAUUUCUGCUCUGGGAAUAAAAAAAAAGUAACA